AUGGCCGCACGAAGCGCAGCUCUCAAGGUCGACUGGGCCAAGAUCACAACGUCACUCGGCCUGCGCGGCCAGACGGUGGCCGGCCUCCAGGCCUUCAAGAAGCGCAACGACGACGUCCGCCGCAAGGUGCAGCUCCUCUCGGAGCAGCCGACCACUGUCGACUUCUCGCAAUACCGCGCCGUGCUCAAGAACCAGGCCAUCGUCGACGAGAUCGAGAAGCGGUUUAACGCCUUCCAGCCCGCCACCUACGACCUCUCCCGCCAGCUCAAGGCCAUCGACGCCUUCGAGGUCGAGGCCGUCCAGAACGCCCAGGCCACCAAGCAGAAGGUCGACCUCGAGCUCAAGGACCUGGAGAAGACGCUCAAGAACAUCGAGGAGGCCCGCCCGUUCGAGGACCUCACCGUCGACGAGGUCGCCGCCGCCGAGCCCAGCAUCGACGAGAAGACCUCCAAGCUCGUGUCCAAGGGCCGCUGGUCCGUGCCGGGGUACAAGGAGAGAUUCGGCGACCUUUCCGUGCUAUAA